AUGAUGAUCGAGUCGCUGAUUUCAAUGGUUCGGUAUCUGUCGCCAAAGCAGGACGACGAUGCUACCGAUCGCCUACACUAUCUUUAUACUGCCAACAUUCUAUUAGCUUUUGCUGUACUGAUCAGUUUUAAACAGUUUGGCGGUCGACCACUGGAAUGCAUGUUUCCAAACAAAUUUCCAGGAUCCUGGGAGCAAUAUGCGGAAAACUAUUGCUGGUCUCGCGAUACAUAUUAUGUGCAGCCGGAUAUCCACGUUGCGACCUUGAGGGAGGAAGAACGCUAUAGUCCAGAACGACAACUCUCUUAUUACAAAUGGGUACCUUUCUUCUUACUGCUACAAGCUGCCUGUUUUCGAAUGCCGAGCAUCCUCUGGAAUUAUUUGUCAUUCAGUUCCGGUAAGUGA